AUGGCUGCCGGAAGGUUACUGCUCUAUACGGGCCUCUCGCUAGCGCUCUGCGCCCUCGGCAUGCUGGCCGUGGCCAUCUGCUCGGACCACUGGUACGAGACGGACGCCAGGAAGCACAGGGACAGGUGCAAGGCCUUCAACACCCGCCGGGUCGACCCCGGCUUCAUUUACAACAACAACAACAACUUGCCGCUCCGGGCGAGCCGCUCCCGCCUGGACCGCUGGGAGGGCAAACUCCUCCGGGCCCGGAAUCGCCGGCAGCUCUUCGCCAUGAGCCCGGUUGACGAGUGCAGCCGGCAGUACAACUCCACCAACAUGGGCCUCUGGAGGAAAUGCCACCGGCAGGGCUUCGACCCCGAGAUCGCAGCCCUCAUUCGGAAAGGAGAAAUUGAACGAUGCACAUACAUCAAAUACCACUACUCCUCAGCCACCAUCCCCAGGAACCUCACUUUCAACAUCACGAAGACCAUCCGUCAGGAUGAGUGGCACGCCCUUCACCUGCGCAGGAUGACCGCCGGCUUCAUGGGCAUGGCGGUGGCCAUCAUCCUCUUCGGCUGGAUCAUCGGCGUGCUGGGCUGCUGCUGGGACCGGGGCCUUAUGCAGUAUGUAGCAGGGCUUCUCUUCCUCAUGGGAGGAACUUUCUGCAUCAUAUCACUGUGCACCUGUGUGGCUGGAAUCAACUUUGAGCUGUCACGCUACCCACGCUACCUGUAUGGACUCCCCGAUGACAUCAGCCAUGGAUACGGAUGGUCCAUGUUCUGUGCAUGGGGGGGCCUGGGCCUCACACUAAUCUCGGGAUUCUUCUGUACCUUGGCCCCUUCUGUCCAACCUGUCCCGAGGACCAACUGCCCUAAAUCCAGACCCGAGAAUGGGACAGUGUGCUAAAAAAACAAACCCAUACAUAUAUAUAUAUAUAUAAAUAUAUAUAUAAUAUACAUAUAUAAAACAAAACUAACUCAAGAUGAUGCCAGUGCCAAGGUAGAGUUGAGUUGGCUCAGGCACCCGCAUCUCGUCGGACUUUGUGUUGCCUCAUCACUGAGAUGGGGAAAGCGUCCCCGUCACGUGGCUCUUCCAUCAUUUCUUAACUUUUGGCUCCACGGUUUUUUGAAGACAGAGCGAACAUCACCACUUGUGAUAGCGUCCUGAUCCCAUCACUCACGAGGAUGGGGUGGUGGGCUGGGAAGAGACAGUGCCAGUGGUCUGAAGCGGCACGGAUGUAGAGAAGGAGGUACCAUCCAUUGGGCCAGCCGUGAGGACACCACCCCAACGCCGAUCGUGUUGCAGAGAAACAAAGCCCUUAGUUCAUAGAAUGUAACCACAUCUUUGACAUCAUUUGCAGAUCACUUCUCCUGAUCGUCCUGUUCUGAUUCCCUUCCUGGCCCACCAGCAACACACAAGAAGUGGAAGAGAAAACAGACUGAGAAGGAAGUUUUCUCUUUGUUGCCAAACUUUUGGACAAAGUUACAGAGGUGGGAAGGGGGAGAGAACAACGUGCUGAGGGGCAAGAUCCACGUCAAUAAAAGGACACUUCAGUGGAUGCUCAGAAAACCCAGUCUUACCUUCCAGCUGCCUUACAUCCAGUUAAACAAGAGGCCGCCCUACCCCCGACCCCACCUGCACUCCCUGGGCAGAUUGGAGCCUUGGAGUAAUGCUGUGAUGUGUGCGUGUGCGUGCGUGCGUGCGUGUGUGUGUGUGUGUGUGUGUGUGUAUGUGUGAGACUACUUUUGGUGGUUUCCUUUUUUCCUUUUCACCUUUUAAAAUGGAAAGACUUCAUUAUGACUGUUGUCUCUAUCGUUUGUGGUGGUUUCAUGGGCCAGGGCGGAGUCCCGAGACCUAGGAGGAAUAAUGAGGGGCAGGCCAGUGUGGGUGCCCAUUCUGUAGUUUCAGAUCCCUGGAGUGUGUACGUGUGGUGGGUGUUUUCUGAGUGUGGGGUUUUAUUGUUUGUGUUGCAUUUUUUCUAUUAUUUGUAGUGCAGCUGAAAUUCCCAGAGGGCAGAACUGAGAACAAAAUCACUGGGCAGAGGGCCCGGUGGUCCUUCACAACACAGUUCUGGGAUGCCACGGGAUUUAGUCCUCUAAAUCUGGAAGUUCAAGACAAAGCUGGGCACAAAGCCGUGAGAGAAGAGGGGGAACAUGGUUCAGGAGGGAGAAGGAACAUUGCCUCUGUUGCUGUUGUACAAGUACGUACCAAACCAGAUCUUCACUCCCCAUCAUGGAAGCUGUCCUUUGUCACUGGACAUCCACCCCUCUCCUGGGGGCGACCUCUGUACAGAUGAAAGAAAAUGGGUCACGUGCAGAGAGAGCAUCUCCAUGCUCCGUGGGCUCAAGUUUGUAUGAUAUUGUGUAAAUUAAUGGCGAACUCCGGACUCUUUCCAUCUUCUUCCUUUCCCUCUUGGUAUUCAAGGCCAUGCAUCCCCAAAUAGCCAUCUUAGUGGCUAGCCCCCAAACAGAGGUGGCAUAAAUCCAGCCCGACGUCUCAGGCUCGUUCGAGCACACUGGCCCUGCAGGUGUCGGCGAACUACCAUGUCAGCCAGAGUUGUGGAAGCUGUAGGGACAAGAGUCUGCCGGGAAGAGUGGGCAGGAGCAGCUGACAGUCACCUCAGUGACCCUGCUGGGGCUGAGCAGCCCCAGGGAGGCAAGGAGUGAAUCCCCGAGCUGUACAGCCAUGGGUCAACCAUGUAGCUGAGAAUUCAGUUGCUUCACAAAUAGAUAUGCUUUGGGCGCUUUGCCAACAGCUCAACAGCCUUCUUUCCCACCCAUGUACCUGUUUCAUCGACCUGUCUCCUGAUCUGUCUUCCUACCAGUCCCCACUUCUCAUCUACUAACCACCUCUCCCUCUUCCAUCCGCCAGGCUACGAGUCCUGCCUGUCCCCUCAUCUGCUCUUUUUGACUGUGUGUGUGUGAUUCACAUCCAGUUAAGACAUCCCAUGUGCAUGAAUGGGCCUGAAUGUGGGUCUCUGUAUAUGUGUAGCUCCCUGGUGCAUUUUCUGUGUGUUUUUGUCAGUAUGUACCUGGACACGGUUGUGGGUGUGCUACUCAAGGCUUCCUUCCCAGCGACACUGGUCAGCUUCUGCAAAAGGUCUCAUGUGCGUGUGCCCCUUGUAUGGGUAUGCUGAGAGAUGAGGGGUGAGGUGUGGAGCAGGAAACGCUAUUCUCUUCCAAUUGGGCUUCAAAGGAUUUUUUUUAAAUAAAGGAUUAAUUCUAUGA